CAUGGACUUCGAAAAUCAUCAAGUAGAAGAAGAAGAAACUGAACCACCACCGAGUUACGACGACUCACUCAACAACUCGAACUCAACUCACCCAACAAAAAUGCCGAGUCCUACACCAAUGGAACUCGAACCCUUAGCUGCAGUUCACACGUGGCAUAAUAAUAAGCCAAAGUACAAAGAGUGUCUGAAGAACCACGCCGUAAGUAUCGGCGGCCACGCCGUAGACGGCUGUGGUGAGUUCAUGCCUGCCGGUGAAGAUGGCUCACUUGAUUCCCUCAAAUGUGCUGCUUGUAACUGCCACCGCAAUUUCCACCGUAAAAUUACUCAACCACCACUUAUCACCGCCGCUGAACCGCCGCCGUUUGUUAAUUAUCAUUCGCCGUACUACAGAAGCUUACCGCCACCUUGUGGUUAUCUACAGUACCACGUGGCGCCACAACAAAGACCGUUAGCUUUGCCGUCAACUUCUGGUGGGUAUCGUGAAGAUCAGGAGGACAUGUCUAACCUCAAUAAUAGCGGAGGCAGUGGUUCAAACAAGCGGUUUCGAACAAAAUUUAGCCAAGAACAGAAGGAGAAAAUGCAAGAACUAGCGGAUAAAUUGGGGUGGCGAAUUCAAAGGGAAGAUGAGGAGUUGGUGCAGCAGUUGUGCAACGAGACUGGAGUGAGAAGGCAAGUGUUUAAAGUUUGGAUGCAUAACAACAAGAACACUCUUGGUACAUGUGGUCACUACUGCAACAUAGCAGUCGCAUGCAUUACGAUAUUCCUACAUAUUUAAUUUUCUGCUUUGUACCUUUGUGUAUUGAAUAUAUAUUCUGACGAAUGAGGUUAUGAUGGAGCAGUAAGUAUUUUUUCGUUCUUACUCAAAGAUUUUAG